AUGGAAGCUAUCAAACCUGUAUUUGAAGAUCUGGCUUCCAAAGAAACAUUACAGCAUGUACUCAAUGGAUCUAGCCAAAAUGCUAAUGAGUCAUUCCACUCAUUCUUAUGGUCCAUGGCACCUAAGAACAGAUAUUGCAGUGGAACUAUUAUUGAUAUUUGCAUUGGACUGGCUGUUAUGAUCUAUAAUGACGGUUACCUAUCUAUCGGUGAAAUAUUACACGAAUUAAUAGGUGAAAUGGGUCAUUUUUCUUAUAUUGCUUUUGAUCGCAUGGAUAAGCAGCGUGUACCAAAAGAAGCACAAUGGAGGAAAAGACGAGAACAAGAAAUAGCCGGUGAUGAAGAUUCUGGUCAUGAUGAAAAUAUGAAUAAUGAUACAAUUGAAGAUUAUCAUUCAGGUGCAUAUUGA